CCCGCCACGUCAUUAAAACCAACCCAACCCAACCCCACCCCACCCAACCCUUCUUCCUCACCAAAUCUGUUCGUCUCCUCUGACAAAACCUCACCGAAUAUCAAAACCUCAACAAAUGGCCGACGAACCUCCGCCCUCCGCCGCUCCUCCUCCUCCACCCCCUCAAUCCGCCGUAGAAGAGCUCCCGGUAGCACCGCCACCGCCGCCGGAGCAAGCCCCAGCUGCUGCGGUUUCCGCGGAGGAUUCAUCCGCCGCACCGCCGCCAGAGGAGGAGAAGAGAGCACAAGUAGAAGGGGCGCCGGUGAAAGCCGAAGUGGUCGCGAAAUCGGUGGUAAUCAAAGAGGACUUCACCGGCGAGCCGGAGAAGAAGGAGAAAUUGAAGGUUCCGGAGUCUCUGAUCUCGUUCAAGGAAGAGAGCAAUCGAGUCUCUGAUCUGUCCGAUUCAGAGAAGAAGGCUCUCGAUGAGUUCAAGCAGCUGGUCCAGGAAGCUCUGGACUCUUGCUCCUUCACCUCUCCUUCUCCUCCGCCGCCGCCAAAGGAGGAGAUUCGGACUUCCUCUUCCGCCGCUACCACCGCCGCUGCUACGGAAGCUCAGAAAUCUGAAGAUCAAAGCUCCAAUGUCAGCAAAGAGAUUACUCCAUCGGCCGCUGAAAAGCUAGAAGAAGAAGCUACUCCAGCAAAGGAAGAGCCUGCGGCAGCUGCUGCUUCCUCUUCCUCGUCAGCUGAGGUAUCAAUUUGGGGGAUUCCGCUGCUGGAAGACGACAGAAGCGACGUCGUUCUGCUGAAGUUUUUGAGAGCUAGGGAUUUCAAAGUGAAGGAAGCAUUCACGAUGCUGAAGAACACGAUCCAGUGGAGGAAGGAAUUCAAAAUCGACCCAACCCAUAAUCAAAGAUGAAUCCUCCGCAGAAACCGCAGCAGCUGGGGCUUGCUCCGGCGGCGGUGGCGGUGCUACCGAGAGCUCUUCUACGGCGGAUUGAGGGGGUGGCGGAGGAGGAGCGGCGGAGGGCGGAGGUUCGUCGGCCAUUUGUUGAGGUUUUGAUAUUCGGUGAGGUUUUGUCAGAGGAGACGAACAGAUUUGGUGAGGAAGAAGGGUUGGGUUGGGUCAUGGGUUGGGUUGGUUUUAAUGACGUGGCGGGUCGGGUUUUAUUUUUGUUGGGUUAUAUCCAGCUGAUUAGGCAAUUUUGUUUGCCACAUCAGCACUUAACGGACUUCAUUAACGGAGUUGGACGGAGACUAACGGCGAGUGACUAAAUGCGUCCAGUUUUA